CAGGAAAUAAACAGGAAGUAAUGGGUUUUGCUGUCGCAGGCUUGUUAAUAUUGGCAUUUUCCGAUCAAAAUCUAUCUGCUACAGAUUAGAUUUCCUCACACACGUCUAUUUGUUUAUAUGCAUCAGUAAAGACGACUGUCAACAGAGUUUGUGGAAUGCUGGUGUAGAAGAUGCACAGUCGUCUCCAGGAGUUGAAGAAGGAAGAGGAGACUCUCCUCAAAAUCAAAGUCAUGCUACAAGACCAGCUCAACAGGUUAAAGUUUGAAGAAGGUGCCUUACAAUCAAUUAUUAAUGCGCAAAAUGAGGAAGGGGCACCCGAAUGCCAAUCUCCAGAAAUUGAGAUUGUCAACCUCGAUGAUGAGAACAAGAUCAACUGCACCAAGCUUCUGCUAAAUACUGCUGCUGAAUAUGAUAUGGAGAAGGAAGAGGAAGAAGAUGAGGACGAAGAUGAGGAUGAUGAUGAGGAAGAGAAUGAAUAUGUCAAUCAGUAUGGCUUUGUGCCCGAUGGGGAUGAUGAAGAUGACGAUGAUUACUGAGCUGCUAAGACAACUAGGUUCAAUAGUUAUAUUUGCUUAGUUGUCAACUGUUGUAGCAUUUUCAUUUGAGAAGUUUAAUUUACAGUGACUGACUUUGUAGCUUGGUUGUUUGUGUACAUACUACUUAUAAUGUUCUUUCCAUUACUUGUUUGUAUUAGGAUUUUAGUACUUUGUGUGAGCCGUGUUGUAAACUUAGUUAGAAAUGUCACACCAAAAAAGAUGGUGCCCCCUCUCUCUCUUUUCAUAUCAUCAUCCACAGUUGCCACAGUAAAGCUGAAAACCACAAAUCAAAUGUUGAAAUGUGCCUAUUAGCAUGGAAGGUUAUGGCUGGGCCAUAUGAAAAAGUCAUGUAAGCACAAAAUAAAGAUUCUUGUACGUGUUUUUAUGUUCUAU